UAAGAGCACUCAGGAACAUGGCUUCAUCUUUUCUCUGCUUCACCCUCCUCUUCAUCAGCAUCCGCACUGCAGAUGGAUUUUUAGAGUAUAGGGUGGAACGCUGUGAAUUUAACUCCACUGCGCUGAAGCACAUCGAGUACAUCUACUCUCGCUAUUACAAGAAGAUAGAGUACAUCAGGUUCAGCAGCAGUGAGGGGAAGUAUGUUGGAUUCACUGAGCAUGGAGUGGAGCUGGCAAUGCUCUGGAACAAUAAUACUGCACGGCUGAAUUCAAUGAGACAAAUGGUAGUGCAAUAUUGUUACCAUAACAUUGAUGUUCAUGAUCGGGCUGUUCUAGCUAAGUCAGUUCGGCCCAGUGUGAGAAUUAAGUCCAAGACUCCGCUUUCUGGUCAACAUCCUGCUAUGUUGGUCUGCAGCGUCUACAACUUCUUUCCCAGGAAGAUCAAAGUAAGCUGGCUCAGAGAUGGACAAAAGGUCACCUCUGAUGUCACUUCCACUCAAGAGAUGCCAAAUGGCGAUUGGUACUACCAGACUCACUCCUACCUGGAGUACACACCCAGGUCUGGAGAGAACAUCUCCUGUGUGGUGGAGCAUGCCAGCCUGAAGGAACCUCUGAUCACUGACUGGGAGCCGUCCUCAGAUAAAUCAACACCUGACUCAAGCAUGCUGAUUGCUAUUGGAGCCUCUAUACUGACCCUGGGUCUGAUCUUACUUCUGGCUGGAUUUUUUCUCUACUGGUGGAAGGCCCGAGGUUAG